UCCACUUUGCAGUGGGACCCUAUGAUUACUACGCUGCCGGGCUUGUACCUGGUGUCGGUGGGAAUAGUGAAGCCCGUGGCGUGGCUCUGCGGAUGGACAGGAAGCGUGGUGUGCUCUACAGGGAUGCUCAGAUUUAUCAACCUGCUUUUCAGUGCUGGGAACUUCUAUUUAUUGUAUUUACUUCUGUCCAAAAUCCAUCAAAAGAAUAAGGCUGUGUCUGGUUUCCAGAGAAUCUUGUCUACAUUAACACUUGCAAUGUUUCCCACUCUUUACUUUUUUACAUUCCUUUAUUAUACAGACCCAGGAUCAGUAUUUUUUACUCUUUUUGCUUAUUUAAUGUGCCUUUAUGGUAACCAUAAAACUUCAGCUCUCCUUGGAUUUUGUGGCUUCAUGUUUCGUCAGACAAAUAUCAUGUGGACAGUUUUUUGUGCUGGAAAUGUUGUUGCAGAGAAGCUAAAUGAAGCCUGGAGGACAGAAUUACAGAAAAAGAAAGAUGAAAAGAUUUCUUCCAGGAAAGGAUCAUUUUCAGAUUUUAUGAGAAUAUUGCAGUUUCUUAUCAAAUAUCUCACAUCACCUAAACACUUAGUUAUGCUUACUGCUUUAACUUGGCCAUACAUCAUAUUAGUAACUGGGUUCUUUGCCUUUGUCUUCAUCAAUGGUGGAAUAGUUGUUGGUGACAGAAGUAGCCACGAAGCCUGUUUGCACUUUCCUCAGCUGUUCUAUUUUCUGUCCUUUACUGUCUUUUUUUCAUUCCCUCAUUUAUUGACCCCUUCUAAAAUCAGGAGAUUCCUUCUGUCAUUACGAAAGCACCCUGUGCAGUACAGCUUAAUCACUGCCAUCUCUUUAUUCCUCAUCUGGAAAUUUACCUACGUUCAUAAGUAUUUACUAGCAGAUAACAGACAUUAUACAUUCUAUGUCUGGAGAAAAGUCUUCCAAAGACACGAGCUUGUCAAAUAUGUAUUGGUUCCAGUCUAUAUAUAUUCUUGCUGGAGUUUUGCUGAUACACUAAAAUCAAAAUCAGUAUUCUGGAUCUUAACGUAUUUUGUAUGUUUAUUAGCAGUCACAGUUCCUCAAAAAUUGCUGGAAUUUCGUUACUUUAUUUUGCCAUUCUUAAUAUACAGACUCAAUAUGCCGUUUCCAUCUCUAUAUAGACAACUUCUGGAGUUGGCUUUUUAUAUUGCUGUGAAUGCCGUAACUUUAUAUAUUUUUCUAAACAAAACAUUCCAAUGGCCAAAUAGUGAUGAAAUCCAAAGGUUUAUGUGGUGA